GUUGUGACCACUUACAAUGGAGGGAAGCAGACCGACGCGAGUGUCCAGGCCCUACAAGAUCAGCGAGUCCUCAAAGGUGUACCACUGGGCCGACCACUCGAGCACCGUGCUACAGCGGCUGAAUGAGCAGCGGCUUCGAGGCCUCUUCUGUGACAUCGUCCUGGUGGCUGAUGAGCAGCGGGUGCCAGCCCAUCGCAACCUGCUGGCGGUGUGCAGCGAUUACUUCAACUCCAUGUUCACGCUGGGCAUGCGGGAGGCCUUCCAGAAGGAGGUGGAGCUGAUCGGUGCCUCCUCCAUCGGGCUCAAGGCUGUGGUGGACUUCCUGUAUGGGGGGGAACUGGCCCUGGAUGGCGGUAACAUCGACUACGUCCUGGAGACAGCACACCUGCUGCAGAUCUGGACGGUGGUGGACUUCUGCUGCGAGUACCUGGAGCAGGAGGUGAGCGAGGACAACUACCUGUACCUGCAGGAGCUGGCCUCCAUCUAUAGCCUCAAGCGGCUGGACACCUUCAUCGACGGCUUCGUCCUGAGCCACUUCGGCACGCUCUCCUUCACGCCCGACUUCCUGCAGAACAUCUCCAUGCAGAAGCUGUGCGUGUACCUGAGCAGCAGCCAGGUGCAGCGCGAGUGUGAGCACGACCUGCUGCAGGCCGCCCUGCAGUGGCUGACGCAGCAGCCGGAGCGCGAGGCGCACGCCCACCGGGUGCUGGAGAACAUCCACUUCCCGCUCAUCCCCAAGAACGACCUGCUGCACCGCGUCAAGCCCGCUGUGUGCUCGCUGCUGCCUCGGGAGGCCCACUGUGAAGGCUUCAUCGAGGAGGCCGUGAACUACCACAACAACCUGGCCGCGCAGCCCGUCCUGCAGACCAAGCGCACUGCGCUGCGCACCAACCAGGAGUGCCUGCUGUUCGUGGGCGGCGAGGUCUCCGAGCGGUGUCUGGAGCUCAGUGAUGACACCUGCUACCUGGACUCCAAGAGCCAGCAGUGGGUCAAGGAGACGCCGCUGCCCGCCCGGCGGAGUCACCACUGCGUCGCGGUGCUGGGCGGCUUCAUCUUCAUCGCAGGCGGCAGCUUCUCGAGGGACAACGGAGGGGAUGCGGCCUCCAAUCUUCUUUAUAGGUAUGACCCCCGCUGUAAACAGUGGAUCAAGGUGGCCUCCAUGAACCAGCGUCGUGUGGACUUCUACCUGGCCUCCAUCGAAAACAUGCUGGUGGCCAUUGGUGGCCGAAAUGAGAAUGGCGCGCUGUCGUCUGUCGAAGCCUACAGUCCCAAGACCGACUCCUGGUCCUACGUGGCCGGCUUGCCAAGGUUCACCUACGGCCACGCAGGCACCAUCUACAAAGACUUCGUGUACAUUUCGGGGGGCCACGACUACCAGAUCGGUCCGUACCGCAAGAACCUGCUGUGCUACGACCACCGCACCAACGUGUGGGAGGAGCGGCGGCCCAUGAUCACCGCCCGCGGCUGGCACAGCAUGUGCAGCCUGGGUGAGAGCAUCUACGCCGUGGGCGGCAGCGACGACCACGUGGAGUCGAUGGAGCGCUUUGACGUGCUGGCCGUGGAGGCCUACAGCCCGCAGUGCAAUCAGUGGACACGCGUGGCGCCUCUGCUACAGGCCAAUAGUGAGUCGGGUGUGGCGGUGUGGGAGGGCCGCAUCUACAUCCUGGGCGGCUACAGCUGGGAGAACACGGCCUUCUCCAGGGCUGUGCAGGUGUACGACCGCGAGGCCGACCGCUGGACCAGGGGCCCCGACCUGCCCAAGGCCAUCGCCGGCGUCUCCGCCUGUGUCUGUGCCCUCAAGCCGCGGCUGGAGGACAAGAAGAAGAAGGGCAAGGGCAAGCGUCACCAGGACCGGGGCCAAUGACCCGGCGCACACCAGCGCCGCCUGCACUGGCGUGACUCCGUAGCAACUUUUUGUACUUCUACGACGCUUCAUAUUUCUACCAUACCACAGUAACCAACUAGAUAUUCCACGUAACUGGUAUUAUCUUGCUUAGGCAAUUAAACCUAGGCCCAGGUGAUGUCUGUCAGGCCCUCCUCCUGGAAUCCCCUUAACCGUCACCCUGAGAGUGAGCUCAUGGGAUGUGCAGGAAUUUUUGUAGUGAAACUUGGGGUCUCAAAUGGAUGUUUCAGAUCACCUAGCCUGAGCUUUCCCAAACCUGCUGAGCUUUUUUUUUUUUUUCUCUUCAUUUUUGGCUGAGUUUUAUGAAAAAACAAAAACAAAAAAACAGGUUCCAGGGCCCUUCCUGAGGCUGAGCAAGUGCAGCUCUGAGGAGAGACCCAGACACAUUCACAGCCACAGUGAGGCCCAGCUGUCUGUUUCAUGAGUGAAGACUCAGAUGGUCCGCCAGGGUGAGGGAGCGGCCCAGAGCGGCCCAGGGUCCUGCAGCUUCCUGGACAGUCACGCAAGACACCCAGACCUCUUACCGCCCCUUGCUGGCAUUUCUUACCCGAUGAUUUAGGUCCAGAUAAUCCCAUUUCUCCUGGCAGGUAAUUUUCCUGAAUUCAGAGGGAAGGAAGGAAAGAGUUCUGAGGGAAAGAA